CAUCACAAGACAGCCUGUUGCGGGUGUCAAAACUCAGCGAAUCCUCACCGAAUUCGUCGUACGGGGCAGUAGAAUAGGAAGGUAGUUUACACUCAACAUACUAGCGGCUCAUUGCGCUAUCAUCUACUGUAUAUCUACAACUCGACAGUCACUAACGCUGCUCAGUUCACGACUGGACGAUCUUGGGAUAACACUCAAUGCGCGCAGAUAAGUGCUUGUACUGUGGGUUGAAUUCGUUUACAUACUUGGAGAAGCGGAAGCGUCAGAAGUUGUGUGCUUAGCUGGGUGAAACCGGAAGCUACACUGAAGGAGAAAGUGAAGCAAGCAAAGAAAAGUGUUUGAUUUGUGUUAGGUUUUACGAACCCGGGAACGAACGUUUGUCACACAAACCAUAUCGUCAUCAUCAUCAGUUUCCACAAAGGCGAGCCGUAGUAAAGCGUGUGCAAGUGAUAAUUAAAAUUGGCUUGGUGAAGAAAGGCGAAUUGUGGUCGCAAAAUACUGCGACGAAACGACAAAAAUACACACUGGAACUAGAAUCGACUUUCUGUUUGAUGUGAAGACUAGCAGUGAAAUAUAAAAGAAGGAACGAUAUUGAAGAGAACGAAGUGCCAAGAUAUUCGACGAUAGCAUUCAUUAGGCAGGUGAUGAUAAUUGACGGUUCGAAGUGAGAUCUGUUUGCAGUAGCCAUCGAGUUGCAGUGUGAGCAGGGUGUGAUUAUACAUACAAGUACAUUGAGUAUAGACCGGUGCGAAAAUGACAUUGAAGUGCUUAUUAUUGGUUCACUGCUUGGGUCUGUGCGUACUAGGAAUACGAGCACAAUUCUCACAGCAGCCCAUCCUUAAUCCCCCAACACCAGCCGUUCCCACCACCCAGUCGGAGAGGCAGUUUCGAGUGGUUUAUGAAUGGAAUGUUCUGGAUUUUGCAUUUGCUAACGAAGACGAGCGAGCUCGGGCACUGUACCUUGGAGAAUAUAUCCCUAGGAAUGUGCUGGUAUCGGAUGUAAAGCCAUACGCCAAUCGGCUGUAUGUAACCGUUCCUCGAAUGCUGGCCGGAGUUCCGGCAACGUUGGGCUAUUUCGUGCGGCCAGAGAAUAAUGGAAGGACAGAUCCGGAAAUAGUUCCAUUUCCAUCAUGGGAGAUGAAUCGCCGCGGAAACUGUUCGGCGCUGCAGUUUGUUCAGGGGAUUGCUAUUGACAAACAUGGAAUUAUGUGGGUGGUAGAUUCCGGUCGAACUGAAACACUUCAGAGGGGUACGAAUCAGGUCACUUGUACUCCGAAAAUUGUGCUUCUGGAUCUCAAACGCAACGGAACGGUCAUUAUGCGUUAUGAAUUCCCCCCGGAAGUGGUUCCUGCGGGAGUAAACUAUUUGAACAAAGUAGUCAUUGAUGAUGCAUUUGGCGGAUUCGCGUAUAUUACGGACAACAGCGGUGGCGAUCCCGGUAUCGUAGUUUAUUCACGACAGCUGAAUCGUUCCUGGAAGGUUCGCGAAAGCAACUCCAUGCGUGCUGCCCAAAAUGCGGUCCGUUUCGCUAUCAACGAUACUGAAUUGAACUUCUCCAUCCACAUUGACGGCAUUGCUCUAGGACCCUACUACAAUCCUCACAUUCAAAACGACAUCGACCCCCAAAACGAUCCCCUGAUCGGAAACCAAAACUACGAAAGAAACGUGUAUUACAGUCCGUUGUCAAGCUAUCAUCUGUAUUCUCUACCAGCUUCCGUACUUCGUGAUCCGGAGUUCGUUAUGAAAGCAAGCCCCCGAGAUAUCCUAGAAUCUGUAACCGAUUAUGGUCGAAAAGCUUCGCAAACCGAUGGUAUGAUUAUGGACAACCAGGGUGAGUUGUACUAUGGUCUGCUGGGUGAACACGCCAUCGCGCGUUGGGAUUCGUACAAACCCUUCACGCCGAAGAAUCAGAUCGUGGUUGCCCGAGACAAGACACAUAUCCAGUGGGUUGACGGAAUGGGAUUCGAUCACGAGGGAUAUUUGUACGUGGUGGUUAACCGCCUGCACAACUUUGUCGCCGGAAAGUUGCAUCCCGAGGAUAUCAACUUCCGGAUUCUUCGAUCGAAGACAGGUGCGCUGAGCUACGUUGAGACCCCGGAUAAUGUUUUCAACAACGACGUCAGAUACCGAUACGAUGGAGAAGUGGAUAAUAGUCUGCUACACUACGGCUUAUCGUCAACCACGCCCGUCUCGAGUCGAUUAGAGUUAGCCGGUCUAUUCGGAAGAAGUGCAGGACAGACGAACGGUGGCAGUGUCAUUACGGCGCUGAUCUGUGCCCUGCUGGCCAAGCUGUUAGUUCUUUAGGACCCUCCUAUCUGCACAUGAUUCCUGAUUUCAGUUACCGUUCAGUAUCUUAAUUACAGUGUAAGUUGCAGCGAGUUGUAAAUAAAUCGUGUUACCAUAUGUGAAUAGUUUGUAAAAUUGACCAAACUGAAUGUUGAUAUUUGAAACUGUUCAAAACUGAUAAUAAUAAAGAGUUAAUUAUUAAGGUUAGAAUA